UGCAUCAACCUAAGCAUGAGCAGAAAUAAAGGGUUGGCCGUGACAGGCCACUAUCAGCACAGUGUUUAGUGGGUUUCGGAGGUCAACAUGGGAAAAUAACGUUACAAUACAAUACUAGAUAGCGUCUCGUUGGUUGUUAGCAUUCAGUUGCGGUGUCGUCUGUGUCUGAACCGGAAGCAGUAUUCGGAUGUCGUCAUGGGAAGCAAAGUGAGUGGCAAGAUGGCAGCUGCCAGUCGGGUCGUGCAGGUUGUGCGACCUCAUGCACCUUUAAUUAAAUUUCCAGAUCGGAAGGCCGGCCCUAGGCCGAAUGUACAAGAGGCACUAAAGGUGCUUGCAGCCAGUCUCCCACAGCUCUCCCCGUCCACACCUCCACCUACAGCGUCAAUAUCACCUCCACCCAGACCCCCGGGACCCGUCAGCCGACUGCCCGGCACUCCUGACAGCAUUGAUGUAGUUAAAGAUCUCCCUCACAAAUACCGCAGAAGAACCCUUGCGUUAGAUGAAAUGGACUACAUCCAGCGUGGUGGGCCAGAGUGACCGUUGUCUGAUCUAAUCAGACUUUAUGAAAAUCAGUUGCCUGACGACUUUUUUUUUUUUUUUUUUUUUUUUUCAGUAUGAGGAGUUUAUAAUACGUUUUACAGCAAACCAAACUAAUUAAAUCAGUUUAAUUGUACAUACGUAUUAUUUAACCACUGUAAAGCCUGUGCUUGGUUUUCAUCAUUUCAUCCUUUAGGUGCUCUGUAUUUACAUUAAAAUGCAGAACUCUUUGCUUUGUUAUUCUUCAGUCCAUCAGUUAUUUAAUGUUUACUGGCUACGCUAGCCAGCACCUCUACUGACCAUCAGAGUUUAUGAAUUUCCUCCUCCAUUGUAUUAUAUGUUCUGGAUUCAGAGAAAAGCACUUAUCUGAGUGCCAGCAUAUUCUACAGGUCUAAACAAAAUAAAUCGUUAUGGAUCGUGAAACUGAACAAUUAAAAUAUUUACAAAUUUUUGAAA